AUGGAUGGUGGUUCGAAGCAGGAAGAAAUGACCAACCGACUCAAGCGUGAGGUGAAGGAGCGCCGUCGUGGGGAUCGCAUUUUAAGCCAUCGCCGCACGGCUGUGGAGGCCACCGAUUACGACAACCAACAGCGAGUGAAUCAGCUAGUCACCUCAAGAAAUGGAAGCGACGAACUGGGAUCAUCUCCCGAGACUCGGACUAUUCCACUCCAACGAGAGCAUGACUGUAAGCUCUCCAGUAAGCUUAUUUCCGCAAACAUAAGUCUUGCGAGGUCCGACACUGUUUUACUCACGUUCCACCUCGAAUAUCUGCUUCCGUUUCUAUUUCCAUUCUACAAUCCCUCGAUUCUAGAAGGAGGAAAAGCGUGGGUCCUGGAAAUGAUGAUCAGUAGUCCUGUGGUACGGCAGGCUACUUUAUGCCAGACUUCUUAUUUCUUCUCCCUGGCCCGUGGUGUCCCCAACGGCAACCUGGACUGGGAAACAGUUCUCACCCAGACGAGAGAUGCCUUCAGCAUGCUAAGGCAGUCGCUACAGAUUAUCGGUAGCUCGAGUAUCACGGAACAUUUACAUGGCGCCGUACGAAUCUUCGCAAGUGUUAUGCAAAUACAACGGUUUGAGAUCGCUAUAUCAAGUUUUGAAAACUGCCAGGCACAUCUCAAUGCCGCUCUGGUUCUUUUUAGGCAAGUGCUCGAUAGCUCCGGUACCCUCGAAUCCGUGGACCCGAGGUUGAGCUUUAAUUCCGUUAUAAGUCUGCUUGGUCCAGCAACACGGCUUUUACCGACUCAAUCUAUCCAGGUCCCCAGCGCAGAACAAGUCGCCUUUCGCUUCUCAGCCACACUUCUACUAUUCGAUGAUAUCAUUGCUAGCACAGUUUCUCGGGAUCGACCUAGACUCCACAAAUACCAUCACGGGCUUCUUCACAGCUCCGAAAACACAGAACCCCUUAUCAAUUUUGAGUCUGUUACGGGGUGUCAGAACUGGGCACUACUUCAAAUUGGCGAGAUUGCUAUGCUUGACGCUUGGAAACAAGAACGUAAUACAGCUGGAAAUUUUGAUAUGAUAGAGCUAGUUCGUCGCGCUACGGCAAUUAGAGACUCAUUACAAGAACAUCUUGCACAGCUUGAGGACAACACAACCGCUUCUGCUUCUCGACAGGUUAACAAUCUACUAGAGACGUUCACAACAGGAUACUCUGAACACUCAAAUACACACACCGCUCAAAGCACAUUAGUUACUCAGGUUUGGGCUCAUGCGACACUUCUUUAUCUGUCUAUCGUCGUGUCUGGAUGGCAGCCUGCGAGUGUAGAUGUCCGUUAUCAUGUCGAUAAAGUUGUUGAGCUAUUGACGUGUCGCAUAUCGCAUCCAGCGUUGCUCCGCACUAUGGUGUGGCCCUUCUCUGUGGCAGGUUGUCUUGCGGAGCCCGCUCGAAUACCCCAUUUCCGUGCAAUAGCUGAAGCGUUGCACCCGCCAAGUGUCUUUGGUACCGUACGAAAGGCACUGGAAAUCAUGGAAGCUGUAUGGCGCUGCAGAGAUGCUGCAGAUGCUUCAAGCCGAGAUCUCGCUACAUGCUUUAGGACCCAAGAUCGAUGGAUACUUAGCGACGAUCAUGGCGAAUCUCCAUCAGCAACCACGAUGUCCCAAGAACAAUACCCUCACGUCGAUAUCGGUCGAUCACGUCACGAAUUAGACGACACUACAGCGGAAGACAUCUUCACAGCAAACAACCCCCAAACAAUUAUACGGAAGUCGAUCUCUGUGUUCCUUAGCGGAGCAGAGAAGUUCGACGGAUAA